AUGCCUACCUCAAAGACUCCUGCACCAAGAGUGCCCUGCCCGCUUUGCGGGGUAAUCUUGGCUGCUACCAGCAUCAAGGCCCACGCUGGCAGGAGGACGUGUUUGGAGCGACGGUUCCCUGAGCUUCGGCGACAGCGGGUGCUGGUAGCACAACAAGCUACGAAGGAAUACGACCGAAUGUACGCACAGAAGAAGUGGGAAGCGAUAACCAUUCUCGCGUUGCGAGUUAUUGGCACCUCCCCUGCUAUCCCGCUUCGUGUUCGUAGUCUGGCUGAUGUGCUUCCAGCACCGCCGUCGCCUCCCAGCUCCACGUCCCAGGCCAUGACCACCUCUCCAAUCUCGACGACGUCUACCUCUACGUCAACCGAGAGUGCGUCAAUUCGGCAAGGACCGCUUCUGUCGCCGAUGUGUAUGGGCGUUGCCUAA